UAAAAUAAUAAAAGAAAAGAAAAAAGAGAACGGUGCUCGCUGGCCCACCACUGUGUGCGACUGUCGAUCGCACAAGUUUCCAUAACCAAGAAUUAAUUAAACCAAAAAAAAACUCGGAGACAAUUCAAACCCCCGUUCAGGGCUUUCGGGCAAUCCGGAGGUUAUUGGAGACCCUGAUGAUUGGCUUUGUUAAUUGGAUCAACGUUCAUGAACAAUUUUGUUUGAAUCAACCCUCAUGAUGGAUGUAGAAGGAUGCAUGUCAAGACAUGCCUUUGGCCAGAUAACUAACUACAAUUUACUGAAUCCUCCAAGUCUAUUCCAGCAUGGAGAGAACAGAUUAGAUCAUCAAUCCGUAAAAUUCCAGGGAUGCGGUUUGAUGGAUUGGCGUAAAGACAAUCCUAGAGUUAGCUUCUCUCGCUAUUUGAUGAAGAAUAAAAUUGCUGACAUCUUGUCACUGAAAACAUAUUGUGGGGGGGCACUGUGGGUAUCUGAUUUUGUGACUGUUUUGGAAAACCGGCUAUUUGCAGAAGCUUCUUCACAGGAGGAGUACAUGAACCCAGACACACUACUUUAUCGGUUGUUAAUUUUACUCCAACCUAAAGUGGAUGAUCCGGAUUGUGCAACAUUUAGUCAACUGGAGAUCAGGAAGGCUUUCAAUGAUAUAUUUCUUUAUCCUCACAAGAAUUCAUCCAUCUCUAUGUACUCUGAAGGGAACCAGUUUUCUGGCGAUGAAGCCACUAAUGGUGCCUAUUUAUUUCCUCGAGAGAAUUUUAAUAAUAAUACAUCAUUUAGCUGCCCUGUUCAAAAGCAGCAUAAUGCUGCAGGUGUAUUCAGAGGUUAUUUGGAAGAUAUUUACUUGGAUGCUCAAUCUGUGUUUCCAUCUACCUCAGGAGAAGAAUCAGUAGUUUCCUGUCCAAGUUUGUCAAUCCCUAAAGAACAUUCAACAGCACACAAUAAUGAGUGCCAAGUUGAUGAUUGCAUAUCUGGGCCAGAUAAUCAGUUCGAUGCUACUGAUAAACUUCAGCCAAAUAUGAAACAUGCAAAUACCUUCCUGAAAGGUUUUUGCUUUGGAGAUUAUGAUGGGUUUUCUUCUGAAAAUGUGCAACCUUGUGCAAAACGCUCAAAGAUGGAUAAUUCAAUAUACCCUAUACAUAACGAUGAAAUUUCCCAUCUCUCUGAUCCACUGAUGGUUCAGUCUCCACUAUCUGUUAAUUCUGAAGUUAUACAGAAAGUGAAUCAGGAGAGUGUGGCUACUUCUUCUAUGGAACUUACUAAUAGCCCAGAGGAUACAGGCCUUACAGACCUUACGAACAGUAGUAAGACUGGGGAUAAGGCGGAAGUGACUUCUGAUAAUAUGAAGCUGAAUAGUGCGCUUGUUUUCCCAAAAGAACCUAGUGUUGAUUGCGACGAAAAGGAAGCGCAGAACAGGAAUGAUGUCUUCCAGACAGAACCAGUACUAGAAGCUAAAUCAACAAAUCCAGGGAAUCGAAAGAUAAAGGGUGUGUCCAUAACUGAAUUUUUCACAGCAGACCAAAUUAAAGAACAUAUCUCAAGUCUUAGAGUUGGUCAGGGUAAUUUGAAGAAAGAAAUUGGAAACAGUGAGAAUAUUUGUCAGUUGUGUGCAUUGGAUAAGCUUUUUCUUGCACCAGCAACAAUGUAUUGUUCAUGUUGUGGUGCUUGUAUCAAGAAGAACAAAAGGUAUUACCAUGCACCAGGUGAAAAUGGUACACAUUAUUGCUUUUGUACCUCAUGUUAUAAGUGGUCUCGAGGUGGGAAUAUCUCAUUUCGUGGGAUGUGUUUUUCCAAGGCAAAACUUUUUAAAAUGAAGAACGAUGAGGAAACUGAAGAAUCGUGGGUCCAAUGUGAUAAAUGUGAGGGCUGGCAACAUCAGAUAUGUGCGCUCUUCAAUGAAAAAAGUGAUCUGGAAGGACAGGCAGAGUAUUUAUGUCCCAAAUGCUGUUUACAAAGAAUAGAAAGUGGAGAUAGCUUGCCCCAGUCCAACUAUGCUUUCAGUGCAAAAAGCCUGCCAAAAACCAUGCUUAGCAACCACAUAGAGCAAAGACUCCUUAGACAACUCAAGCAAGAGAGAGAAGAGAGGGCAAAAGUUACUGGAAAAAGCUUUGAUGAGGUUCCAGGAGCUGAAGGUCUUGUUGUCAGGGUUGUGCUUUCUGUUGAGAAAAAAUUAGAAGUUAAGAAGAAGCUUCUGAAUAUCUUUGAAGAUGGGAAUUACCCUGCUCAGUUUCCAUAUAGAUCAAAGGUUAUUCUUUUGUUUCAGGAGAUUGAAGGAGUAGAUGUAUGUGUUUUUGGUAUGUAUGUCCAGGAAUUCGGCUCAGAUUGUAGUCAUCCAAAUCAACGCUGCGUUUAUAUCCCGUAUCUUGAUUCUGUAAAGUACUUGAGACCAGAGAUUAAAGCUGUGAGUGGAGAACCUCUUCGAACAUUUGUUUACCAUGAAAUAUUGAUAGGUUAUCUGGAUUUUGUUAAGAGACAAGGUUUUGCAACCUGCUUUAUAUGGGCCAGCCCCCCAUCAAAGGGAGAAGAUUAUAUCUUUUAUUGCCAUCCACAGGUUCAGAGAACACCCAAGUCUGAUAAGCUGCGGCAAUGGUAUAAGUCAAUGCUAAGGAAAGCAGCCAACGAGAAAAUUGUGGUCAACUCUACUAAUUUAUAUGAUAACUUUUUUGUUCCUAGUGGACAACCGAACUCCAAGAUCACAGCAGCUCGCUUGCCAUAUUUUGAUGGUGACUAUUGGUCUGGAGCUGUUGAGGAUGUUCUUAGGAAUAUUGAACAAGAAAUUAGGAAUGAUUCUCAAGUGAAUAUAAAGAAACUGGUGAAAAAUAGAACCCUAAAAGCCAUGGGAUUCACAAAUCCUUCUGAUAGUAACACCAAAGAUAUUUUACUGAUGCAGAAGAUGGGGCAAAACAUUUUUCCUGUUAGAGAGGACUUCAUGGUUAUCUGCUUGCAGUUCGUUUGCACAAACUGCCAUGAAUUGAUAUUAUCUGGACAGCGAUGGUCUUGCAGUCGGUGCAAAAAUUUUCAACUAUGUGAAAGAUGUCACAAUGACGAGCAGUGCCUAUAUUCGAGGAACACACACACUUUUAUCAAUGGGAAACAACAUUCUCUCUCUCCGGUAAAAACAGAUACCAUGCCUUAUGAUACCAAGGAUGAAGAUAUUAUAUUGGACAAUGAUUUCUUCGAGGACAGGCAUACAUUCUUGAACUUUUGUGAGAAGAAUCAUUACCAGUUUGACACACUUCGCCAGGCAAAGCAUUCCUCAAUGAUGGUUCUGCAUCAUCUCCACAAUUUAACUGUGUCAACUCUAAGGAUGACCUGCAGCAUCUGCCUUAAGAAAGCUGCGGUUGACCCCAGCUGGAUAUGUGAACUCUGUCCAGAGUUUGAUGUUUGUGCUGCAUGCUAUCAAGAAAAAGGAGAUUCAUGUCAUACUCAUAAAUUGAGUCGACAUUCUUCAAUAGUUAGUCACUGGGUCAAGAGAAAAGAGGCACGACGAAAUGCAUGGAGGGUAAGGGAACUACUGGAUGUUAUACAACAUGCAUCUCAGUGCCAUGUAGACAAAGCUUGCUCCUAUCCAAACUGCCCUAAAACAAAAAAUCUAUUUCAUCAUGGCGCUAAGUGCACUGUUCGGGUUGCUGGGGGUUGUGGCCACUGUAAGAAGGUUUGGUUGUGUCUGUGUUUGCACUCAAAAAGGUGUGGAGAGCCAGUUUGCAGGGUACCACGUUGCAUGGAUAUGAGAAGGCAUGCAAAAAUGCGGGUGUUACAAUCUGCAACCUGUCAAAGAGCUGAUGAUUUGCAUUAUUAGCCGAUGAGGAAGCAUCAAAUUUAGAGUUUACACAGUUGAUUAGUCUUUAAGUGUAUAGAUUUAGAAGGACCAUCAACAACAGCAACUGCCUAGCGUACAAUGUCAAGUUGUCAAAUAUAAGUAGUACAUUCACAGUUUUGAGUGGAGCUCUGUGAAGGCUUAUAGAAUGUUAAAUUUCCCCCAUUAUGCGGGAUGUGUUGUGUAGAUGAUCACCAAUUCCCAAUGAAUAUGUCUGUAAAUCCGAAUAAUUUUUACCAUUGUUUUUGUAGUAACAAGAAGCGCGCAGAUAUUUCACACAA